AUGGACGUGUCCAAGGUAUCCGCCCCAUUCUGGGGAGAGCAGACCUCGUACCUCAACUUUUGCGAAGAGGACUAUGUGAUUACUCGUUACGUUGCAGAAUUCAUCAAUACAUUCAGCAGCUUUGUGUAUAUGUUCUAUGGAGUUUAUGGCCUUAUCCAGCUCCGCAAGAAGCAAGAUGCCUUUCUCCGCCGGAUGUCCUACUGUGGAUUAAUCGGAGUCGGUGUCUGCUCGGCAGGCUACCACAUGACUUUGAAAUACCACACUCAAAUGUCGGAUGAGCUGUCUAUGCAUCUUCUGACCACUCCGCUCCUGUUCCGUAUUCUUACUUUCCAAGUAAGCCCGCGGAACACGAAACUGAUCGGGGCCGUUCUCCUAACGCUGUUCACCAUCGUCAUGGUCGUGCACAUGGUUAUGGACGAGUUCGUUGUGCAUGCGGUGUCCUUUGGCCUUGCAGUCUGGCUUAUCGCAAGACGCACCACGAGAAUGAUCCCCGAGCAAAUCCCGGACCUCGUGCUGAGGAAGAAACUCCGAAACCUCUCCUUCUUUGGUUGCUUCUCCUUCCUUUUUGGGUAUUUCGUGUGGUUGAUUGACGAGUUUGCCUGUGCCCAUUUGACACAGAUUCGAAAUUCCGUGGGCCUGCCGCUGGCAUUUGUCUUCGAGCUGCAUGGAUGGUGGCAUUUCUUUACCGCAAUUGGUGGCUACAUCGCUGUCGUGACUGUGGACAAGAUUACUUCGGGUGAAGUGCAUGAAGACCCCACAGCAAAGAUGGCUUGGCCUAUUCCUCACGUGGCGAGCGUCAUUGAGUCGAUGACUGCAUCCAAAUCUGAAAAGAAAGCAUGA